AUGUUUAAAGUUACAAUUAUAAUUGUUGCUCUUGGUUGUGUAGUAGCAUUGCCGAACCCCGAUAAUGCUGAAGCAAAAUCCGAUAAAACUCGUGCGUUAAAAAAGGAGUGUGCCAAUGGAAUUCUCAAUCCAACAUGCCUUAAAAUUGGAGCUAUAUCUUUGAUCGAGAAACUGAACACUAAAGAAGAACUGGCUUUGAUUCCUGGAGUGAGCCUCGUGAGGGAUGGUGAAGGCAACCCGAAAUUUGAAUCAGUUACCGCAGAGCUUGCGAGGUCUUUGUCAUCAGAACCUGAUGAGAGAUUAGACAAAUUCCUGUUGUACAAUGUGGGGACUUUCCUGGACACACAUUCUGUGAAGUUGAAGCUGGCUGACGCGUCUGCUGUAGAAGAAGCCAGGAGCCUGGUCAGUGAGGGCAGAGGUGAUAAGGGCGGCAUGGGCAUGGGAGGGAAGAAAGGCGGUAUGGGCGGACUCAUGGCGAUGGCUAUGAUGAUGAAAGGUAUGUUCAAUUUUGUUCAAAUAUUUGGUGAAUAUAAGCUUAUUACUUUAAAACUGCAAAAGUAA